AUGGCACCCCGGAAGCCAAAGGCAUGCCAGCACCAGGCCAUCAUCGUCGACGCCUCGGAAUACGGCCGUGCCAAGGCGGGUUUCAUUCGCGUCCCACCCGAGAAGCGCGUCGCGGGGACGACCCUCUCCGGAAGGGUGCAGCCGAUGCCCGCCAACACCAGCCGCCCUUACCCCAACUCCUCCUCCGGCCCCGGCCCCGGCCCCGGAUCCGGAUCGGACAACCUCAACGUCCCCGCACCACCGGUCCCAUCUACGUUUCCGGGCCCGCUCGUCCUCCCCGACGACGACCUCGCGCUGGAACCGCGGUAUCCGCCGCAGAGCCUGCGGUCCUGGGCGAUGGGGCAGUGGCGGAAUCCGAUCACGCCGGCGCAGAAGACGCUAUAUGUCGCCGAUGUGCCGCGCAUCGACGAGAGCGCGGCGUUUAUGAGGGGGUGGGCAUUGCCUGAUUUGUCGGGGGUGACGACGCUGCCGCCUGGGUUUGCGGCGGUGUUGGAGCAUCCGCGGGUCGAGGACGUGGUGGCGUAUUUUGCCGCGUUUUAUCAUCCUCUUCCUGUGGCGGUUCUCCCGACGCGGUUGCGGUUCGUCAAGUGGGAUGAUGAGAAUGUUCCCCCGCGGACCCCGCGGGGCGGCAGCGGGAAACAAACAAAGAAACCGAAGCCCAUGGUGGUCGGUCUCGCCAUGGGAGACGGAGAGGGCGUACCGGUGGUGGGGAUCCGCUGUCGGCCGGGGCCGGACGGCCUGGCGAGGAUGCAGCUCAACCUCAACGAUCUUCUCAGCGCGCUGCGGGGGGUUCUGCCGGGUGCUGCUUAUGCGGCGUGCAUGCUUGUCGCGCAGGACCUGUAUGAGGAUGAGAAUGAUGAUUUCUGCUGUGGGCGGGCGUUUGGCGGGAGUCGGAUUUGUACGGUGUCGAGUUUUCGGUACCGGCCCGUGUUGGAUUCUGUGGUUGGGGUGGAGAGGGAGCAUAUGUGGCCUGCGAGUCAUUGCGGGACGUUUGUGGUUGAGGCGUGUGAGUGGUGGGAGGAGCAGGGUGAGAUGCUGGAGGGGGAUGGGGAUGGGGAGGGGAGGGGGACGAAGGGGAAGGGGAAGAAGAAGAAGAAGAAGGAGGAUGGCGGUGGUGAGAUUAUGGUUGAUCUGAAGAGGGUGAAGGGGACGGCGAUGGGCGGUGCUAUCGCUGCCUCGAGGGAUGUGCUCGUCCCGAGGGAGGCAUCGCGGGAUAAGAGGCAGGCGGAGGAGGACUUGAAGGGCAUGUGGUUCGCGAGAGUUGCGAGGACGGCGGCUCACGAGGUUGGGCACUGCCUGGGGAUGGAUCACUGCGUCUACUACGCCUGCGUCAUGCAAGGGACGGGAGGGUUGGGCGAGGAUGGUAGACAGCCGCCGUACUUUUGUCCUGUGUGCGAGGCCAAGUUCAUCUGGGGGUUGGGCGAGAUGGGGAUUGUCGACGGGGGCAGGGGAGGGCGAUGGGUGGAAGGGAGGAUGGCGGAGGUUGAGAGGAAGAGGAUGGAGAUCAUGCGGGGGUUUUGUGAGGGGUGGAAGGGGGUUGGGAUGUUUGCUGGGUAUCGAGGGUGGUUGGAUGCGAGGUUGAGGAGCGAGUUUCGGGGGGGUAGGGCCUUGAAAGAGGAUGUUGAGGUUAUUGUGAUUGAUUAG